GACGUUGGUUUCAGAAUCAAAACAAACGUGACAGCUCUCUGCUUCAAAACACUCAACCACUCGCAUACGCUGUGUAAACAGCUAGAAGUAAGGAGGAAUCCACACUGUUUAUCAGACACAAUGUUUCAGACGGUGAAUUCGCCCUCAGGGAAACGUUAGUCUGCGAUAAUGUAUUUAUUAGGACCACUCAAUCUCGGGAUUAACAGUUAGUUGCUGGAUAAAACCUCUGUGUGUUGGAGCUAUGGGUUAAACAUGACCAUAUAUGGACCGGGUUCCGAUGAUCAGUCCGCCUUUGCGGCACAGAUGUCAACAAGUGUCUCCUAAACGUUGGCUUCAACUGGAUACUGUAAGUCACCAAUGCAGCGAAGAAUCAUUACAAGUUCCAAACAUGUCGUCCGAAAAAGUCGUGGCUAUCGUGAUGGAUGAUAAAACCUACGAGGUGGACAAGCACAAGCUGAUCGAGAACAGCGACUACUUCCGUGCGCUGUACGGCUCGGGCAUGCGGGAGUCCACGGCGGACUCCGUCCAGUUGCAGGGUCUGAGCGGUCAGGGUCUGGAGCUGGUCCUCGGGUUCAUCAACACGUCCAAGGUGCACAUCGUGGACGAGACGCUGGAAGACCUGAUCGAGACGGCGUCCUUCCUACAGGUCACGCCCAUCCUCAAGCUUCUCCCGUCGGAGAUCCGACCGGAGAACUGUGUGGAUCUCUACCGGCUCUCCGAGGUGUACGGGACCAACGACCUGCGCCACGCCUGCCUCCAGUUCAUGACCUGCCACUACCACCCGAUGCUGAGACGGCCCGAGUUCCACCUGCUGUCCCCAGAGCUCCGGGACCAGGUGCGGGAGAUGCGCAUGACGGGCACCGCCACUCUGCUUGUGAUCGGAGACUUCACCCGUGUUGCCGCGCCGUCGGACGGAGCAGCGGCCGGGCGACUGCAUCAGGAUGGCGCCGCCCCCUGGUCCAUGUUGCGGUACGGGGACGCGGAGAGGUGGUGGAAACCCCUUUUCAGCCACAAUCUGCCCUCAGACAUGAGGAACGUCCGCGGCUACGGCUACACGGUGCUGCACAACUAUCUGUUCAUCGUCGGUGGAUACCGGGUGGCCAGCCAGGAGAUGUCUGCCGCUCACUGCUACAACCCCUGUCGGAACGAAUGGGCCCAGAUCGCACCACUGAACCAAAAGAGGUCCAACUUCAGGCUGCUGGCGGCCCAGGGGCGUCUGUUCGCGGUGGGGGGGCAGAGCCUGGGCACGGUGGAGAGCUACAGCCCGGAGACGGACUGGUGGACCUGCGUCUCCUCCAUGCCCGAGCCGCUGGCCGAGUUCUCGGCCUGCGAGUGCCAGGGGAUGAUCUACGUCAUGGGGGGCUACACGCAGCGAGACAGGAACCUGGACGUGCUCCGCUACUGCCCGUCGUCAGACGUCUGGAGCGUGCUGCGCUCCUGCCGCACGCGACACGUCCGCAAGCAGCAGAUGCUGUCGGUGGGGGGCACCCUGUACCUGGUGGGGGGGUACACCCACGACCUCUGGGGCGCGGGGCCGGGCGCGGGCCGGCACCGCGCCCCCAGCCAGUCGGAGAACACGCUGAGGGUGCAGUCGUACGACGUGGCCACGGGCGAGUGGCUGCGGCUGAAGGAGAACGCCUUCCGCUCCGGACUCAACCUGACGUGCGCGCUCCACAACGACGGCGUCUACAUCAUGAGCCGCGACGUGGGCGCCCACCUGCUCAAGUACAACCUGUUCUCCGGCGCCUGGGAGGCGGGGGGCUCCUUCCCCGCGCUGGGCCACAACACGCUGCUCUGCUCCCUGUACCUGCCCCACUGGCUGUGACGGGGGGCAGGGGGGCAGGGCCCUGGGUGGCAGGGGGGCAGGGCCCUGGGUGGUAGGGGCCUUGGGGGAUGGCUGUAUUGCUGGUGAAGUGGUAGGCCUCCGUUCUAUCUGGCUGGCUCGUGGUCCACUCAGGUACGUUCCCCAGGGGGGGGGCCACGGGCCUUGGACUGGGGGUAUUGCUGGUUUGCAGCGGCAACACUAUCUGGUUGACUUCGGGACUCCUAGAACAUGUACUUGUACCAGAGGGAAAGAGUUGGAGUUACCUUUCUCUUCGGAUCUCAGUUUUCUGGGGGAGAACCGUCUUGAAUCCUCCCAAGGACCGAGGGAACCACACCUAAUUAGGAAAUAUUAUAAUAUAUUUUUUUAUAAAUUUAAGUUUGGCAAAUGUUCAUGCUUGUCUACUCAGAGUAGAUGUGUAUGAACAUUACGCACUACAUUCCUUGAAUUGACAAUUCUCUUGGAUGUGCAAAACAUGUGCACCUCUCCAAAGAAAACCUACAUUCAUUCUUAUGUUCUAUGCAAAUGAUGACAAUGAAAUAGGUUUUUGUUUUACACUGCACGUUAGACAAGAACUAGGAAACGAUUUGUCGCACAGAAGUGUCUUCAGCAGACGUUUUUUUACAAGCCUAGACUAAGCUACCAUUGCAAUUCCAUGAAAUGGAUGUCCCACGUGCCUUUAAUGACCGUUACAGCGCAACUCUGACGAUACUGACGAUUGCCUACAAGAACAUAAUGCAGUAAGGAUGCCAAUAAGUGACCAAAACUGCAGUUUUUAUGUUCUUUUUAGUUUUCUAGUGCCUUGAUUAAGAUAAUUUACACUUAGAAGAAAACACGUGAUUAUCCAGUGGUCUUCAAUCGAUUGUUUUAUCGCUGACUUUUCUUUUUUAUGUAUUAAAGGAUAUUUGCACAUUU